AAACGUGUAGUUGAACAGUUAUUACAUUUUUUUAAAUGAAAUCCGGGUUUUUUGCCCCUUCUGUUUAACUGAGAUGAAGAAGCUGGACGUAUUUCAAACUUUACUGAAAGAAGUUUUCGUGACGUUUUUAAUUAUCUUCACGUUUCAAGGCUCUAACUGUCAGCUUGUGCUCCAACCUGCUGGUCCAACUCAGGUGAAUGCAUUAGUUGGUACCAACGUGACUCUGGCUGUGUCCUUCAGUGGUGCUCCAAACCCAUUGGUUAGCUGGUCCAGAUCUAAUAUAACUGUUGGCACGUGGACCAUAAACUCCAAUUCCUCACCAGACAUCGCUCCAAACAGCAGGGAUGUGCUCCGGAUCGAAAACAAUGGAUCUCUUACUUUUCUACAUGUUCCGCUUGGAUAUACUGGGAACUACACCAUAGAGCUGGCCAAGUCUGGAUUAGAAAAAGUCUCCAGAACUUUCACUCUAAGGAUAUUUGAAAACUUCCAGAGCGUGAGUCUGAACACUCAGUCGGAUUUUGCCAAAGAGGGGACUGAAAGUUUCACGUUAAAAUACAGCAUGCUUCAUGGAGUUGUGGAGCAACAGAUGUGGCAGUUUAAUGGCAAAGAGCUGAAAAACAGCUCACACUAUCUGAUAGAGGGAAGAAGCCUCGUGAUUCUACGACCCAACCGAAGUGACGCAGGACUGUACUCGCUUUUACUGACCAACCCCUUCAGCAGUGCGGCGGCUCGUAAGACUAUAACUAUUCUCUAUGGACCUGAUGCGCCUGUGGUUGGGGUUCAGCCAGCUCAGCUUCUCUAUAAAGCCGGAGACUCCUUAAGCCUGUCCUGUCAGGCUGAGGGGUUCCCAUCUCCAGUUACCGAGUGGACGUUUGAUGGUCAGAUCCUUCCUAAUUCUAACAAUGGAGUCCUAAAUCUAACAAAUGUGCAGACCAGCCAGGGGGGUGUUUACACUUGCACCCUGCUGAACACGCUGACUGCAGAAAAGCGUGAAAAGAGUCUGACUUUAAAGAUUUUUGAAAAGCCAGGGGGCUCCCCAAUGUGUUCCGUGGUGUCUGUGAAUGACGUCAGCCUGCAGUAUCAGUGCCGCUGGCCUGGAGGAACCCCACAGGCACAGCUGUCCUUCCCAGCUCUAAGCAACAACAGCAAUGGAGCAGAAAACUUCAGCCUGACUGUCACCGCUUCAGCUGACCUUAAUAAGAAAACUGUCAUUUGCAUAGCAGACCAUCCACUGGAACAAAACAAGUGCAAUGUAUCUGCAAGUGCUCCAAUGAAGUUCCUUCCCAUCGUAGAAACUUCUAUUGAUCCCUCUGGUAAAAUUGUGGUUUCCAUCAGCUGCCUCAGUGGUGCGUCCCCUCAGGCUGCGGUGUCAUGGUCCAGAGGCAAUGAAACUGUGACCAACGGAACGACACAACUGAUCAGCAGCAGCACCGAGCAGCUGAGAAUUUACAGUUACAACGUGAGCAGUUUCCUCGUCAUGCCAAACUACACCUGCGUGUGUUACAACCUCCUGGGAAGCCAGACUGGAAAGAUUCAAGUACAAGGGCCGUCGAUCUCGGAUUCCAGUUUGUUCCCGAACCAAAAUGGAACCAUCAUCACUUUGACCUGGGAGGUCCCACCUACAGCUAUUGUUACAGGGUUUGGCAUCCAAAUGAAAGGUCCAGCUCUUCACACCAAAAGUGGUAUUGUCACCAAAGCCAGUUCUGAUGGGUAUGUCACCAUUCAGUCGAAACUUGGAUCUGCCAGGAGCGCCGACAUCUUCCCUCUCGAUCCCAAAUCGACAUAUUGGUUUCGGAUCAUCCCCAAAGCUCGUCUCACUGAUGGAGUGCCAUCUAAGAUCCACAGAGCUGGUCCAGGUGAAGGAUUGAGUGGGUCUGCCAUCGCUGGGAUUGCUGCUGGAAUCCCGUGCAGCAUUCUGUUCCUGGCCCUGCUGUGUGUCACCAUUUAUCUCAUCCUCUACUGCAGCAACAAGAAGAAAAAUCAACAACCAACAUAUCCAGUCUCCAGAGCAGUGGCAAAGACAAAAAACAGCCAGACAACUACAUCUCCUCAUAAACUUCUGACUGGAGGACUGGCGUCUCCCCCUGACUACAACCGGCUGCAUAAGAACCCCUCUGAACGAACUGUGCCUCUGCCCACAUUUGUCCCCCCACCACCAGUCAGAGUUGCAACAACAGUCUGAGAUUUUUGCAAGAUGAAUAUAUUUUUUUACAGUAAUUACUUUAUUUAACUUAAAUACUUUUGUAUUUAUAAUCAACCACUUGUUUGUGUUGUGGAGGCAGCAGCCCCAGCAGUGAAGCUGUGAAAUAUGAGAUUUACUCCAACAUGUCCAGGGUCAACCAGGGACCUCCUGCUGGAAGGACAUGCCUUAAAGACUUCAGCUUUCUCCUCUCGACAUGGAGGAGCAACAGCAGCACUCUGAAUCCCUCCUGGAUAUACGAGCUCUUCGCCUCAUCUGUAAGACUGAGCUCAGCCACCCUGCAAAGGAAACUCAUUUUGGCUGUUUGGAUCCGUUAUCUUGUUCUUUCAGUCAUUCAAAGCUCUUGACCAUGGCUGAGAUUUGGAAUGAAGAUGAACAGAUAAACCGAGAGCUUUGAUUUCUUGCUUAGCUUCCCCUUUACCACAACAGAUUGGUUUAGCAUCCUCGUCACUGCAGAUGCUUUCCAAAAUUGCCCAUCUCCAGCUCCAGACCUUAAAAUCCACUGGAGCUGGGAGCUUUACCCUGACCCUCAUGGAUUGGUGGUCCACUACUUUACUUUCGAGGACCACAACCUCUGAUUUGGAGGCAAUCUUCACCUCAGCAACUUUGCACUUGCAAACGUCCCAAGCAAGAGCUGAAGGUCUUAGUUUGAUGAAGCUAAAAGGAAUGCAUCAUCCGCAAAAGCAAAUUAGAAUCUUUUGACUUUUUCACAUUUCUUAUAUCUGUAAAAAUGUAUAUUUGUGUAAUUUUAAAUAUUAUAAAUAUACUAUAAAGUGUGGAUGAUUUAUAAAGAUUUUUUAUUUACCUCAAUCUGUCAUUACUGUUAAACAAUAAAUCAAUAGACUAAAAAUAAAAAUAAAUGUGUCCGAUUCAAGCCUAUUCAGGUCAAUCAUGACAAAGCACAAUCCUAAAGGGUUACAUGUCUGAACCGAACAUCCAUCCAUUUUCAGCCGCUUAUCUGGAGUCGGGUCAUGGGGCCAGCAGCCUGAGCAGAGAGGCCCAGACUUCUCUUUCCCCUGCCACUUGGGCCAGCUCCUGUGGGGGAAUCCUAAGGUGUUCCUUGGCCAGCUGAGAAACAUAGUCCCUUCAGCGUGUC